UUCUCUUCUACUCAGCGCCUCUCAUCUUUAGGAGGAGAUACAGAGAGAGAUAAUAAUGUCGGCCUUAACAGCAGCUGCUGCACCCACGGUCACGACGUUCCUCCGAGCACGCACUGCUAGGACAUGGGUUCAACCUGCCCUGCCCCAACGCUCCCCGCACCGGCCGUGUGGUAAGAAUUCUCUCGUCAUGCAUGAGCGCAUUUUGGCAAUAGCAAAUGGGAAAGGCACGGGUGCAGUGACGACUUGCGAACCAUCUGAACGUCUAAAGGAUGAACCAAGAAAUGUGUCAGAAAAAAUUGAUGCCAUUAGAGCAAAGCUUAAGUCCAUAAGUGAUGGCAAUAUCAAUGUCUCGGCCUACGACACGGCGUGGGUAGCUCUUGUGAAGAGGCUCGAUGGAGGUGGCGGCCCGCAGUUCCCCACCAGUAUUGACUGGAUCACCAAAAAUCAGCUGCCGGAUGGCUCAUGGGGCGACGACACUUUCUUCAUGGUUCACGAUAGGAUUAUCAACACCCUAGCCUGCAUUGUGGCCCUUAAAUCGUGGAACAUUCACCAUUACCAGUGCCAAAGAGGUCUGUCAUUUAUUCAUGGAAAUCUAUGGAGAUUAACUGAGGAAGAUGCGGAAUGGAUGCCAGUUGGCUUUGAGAUAACCUUGCCAACACUACUAGAGAUGGCCAAGGAUCUUGGCCUCGACUUGCCCUAUGAUGAGCCCGCGCUCCAAGAAAUAUAUUCCAGAAGAGAGCUAAAGCUAUCCAAGAUUCCUAUAGAUGCACUUCAUGCCGGGCCAACAACUUUGCUUCUUAGCAUAGAAGGAAUGCCAGGUCUAGACUGGGAAAGGCUUUUAACGCUCCAGUGUCCCGAUGGCUCCUUUAUGUCAUCACCUGCCCCCACAGCUUAUGCUCUUAUGCAAACUGGGGACAGGAAGUGCCUUCAAUUCCUUGAAGAAAUUGUCGAUAACUUCAAGGAGGGAGUGCCCUUUACAUAUCCUGUCGAUAUCUUUGAGCGCUUAUGGGUGGUUGAUCGGUUGGAGCGACUAGGCAUUUCGAGGUACUUCACAAGUGAAAUCCAAGAGUGCUUGGAUUAUGUCUACAGGCACUUGACUCAAAAAGGCUUGGCUGCUACAAGGGAUUGUCCGGUUAAUGACAUCGAUGACACAGCCAUGGGUUUUCGUCUACUGCGGUUGCAUGGCUACUAUGUCUCUCCAAGUAUGUUCAAGCAUUUCGAGAAGGAUGGAGAGUUUGUCUGCUACCACGGACAGACAAACAAAUCAAUCACGGCGAUGUACAACACAUACCGUGCCGCACAGGUCUCCUUCCCCGGCGAGAGCGAGCUUGAGCGGGCCGACGUCUACUGCCGCGGGUUCCUGGAAGAGAAGCGAGCCUCCGGCAAUUUUGGCGACAAAUGGGUCAUCCCCAAGGACUUAGCUGGCGAGGUCGGCUACGCACUGGACUUCCCCUGGAGAGCAAGCCUGCCCCGGAUCGAAGCAAGGAUGUAUCUGGAGCAGUACGGUGGCAGUGCCGAUGUGUGGAUCGGGAAGGUCCUCUAUAGGAUGCCCCUAGUCAGUAACGAACUGUUCCUCGAGACCGCAAGGGAAGAUUUUCGCAGUUUCCAGAAACUCUGCCGACUCGAAUGGAAUGGCCUCAGAAAGUGGUAUGACAGGAACAAGCUUGCAGCGUUCGGCGUGGAGCCAAAGUGCGUGUUGAGAGCCUACUUCCAAGCCGCAGCCAGCAUCUUCGAGCCCGACCGAGCAGCGGAGCGUCUCGCAUGGGCGCGCACGGCGGUGAUCGCCGAGGCUGUUUCUUUGCACUUGCGAGGCAAAGCUUCUGAUGUUAGCACAAGGGUUCACGGCGCAAUUAGUGAGCUCGAGAACCAUGGCCGUGAUGCACUAACUAGGGUAAAUGAGGAUCCAAAGAAAGCCCUCCUGGGUGCAAUUGGUGAACUUAUCGACCAAUCUUCGUCUGAGAAUGCUUCUCACUGUCUUCGUGAAGCUUGGAAGCAGUGGCUUAGGUCAUGGACCGCAAAGGAGGGAUUUGAAUCAUGUGGAGGGAAUACAGCAUUGUUGAUAGUUCGUACAGUAGAGAUUGCUUCCGGAAGGUAUAGUUUGAAGGAGCAUGAUGUGAACCGUUCGGAGUAUACCCAACUUGAGAGGCUCACGUCUUCCAUCUGCAGCAAACUGACUUCUAGAGUUCCUGUUCAGAAUGGAGGAUUAAAGAAAUCUGAGAAUUCAGUCAGUCAAGUGGAUUUGGAGAUGAAGGAGCUGGCUCAAUCUGUUCUUCAGAGCUGCGACUCUAUCGACAGGGUGACCAGGCAGACAUUUCUCCAUGUGGCGAAGAGCUACUACUAUGCUUCUUAUUGCUCAACUGAAACAAUUGAUAGUCACAUCUCCAAGGUCCUAUUCGAGGAUGUCGUUUCGGAAUAGCACCCAGUUCCAGUAAAUGAAGAUGUCAUAUGAAUCCUCUGAUAAAAAAUCUCUUGUUCAUUUGAAUACUACAAGACAAGAGACUUAUACUUGUAUUACAUACUUGUACCGCUACAGCCAUUACUACGAUGUUUUGCGCAAAUCUGUUUCUGAGAGUUUUA